AGAGCCACAUUCUAGAGUUUAGAGUGGGGGACCUCUCCCCAAUUCUGGAAGCCCCUGAGGAGAGAGGAAGGUCUUUCUCUCCAUGCUCCUUUUGCGAGAACUCCCUGGCACCAAGGCCGGGGGGAAAGGACGGUGUCUGAGGAGGAUGGGUCUGUAGGCUGCUCUGAGUGCUGUCCCUGCACCGAAGAAGUUAUAGUUCCCUCCCAGGCGGCCCCCUCCCUGCCCCUCAGCACAGCCUCAAUCAAGAAGUUCCCCAUCUUUGAUCACCACUCCAAGUAGGAGAAACCGGCCCAGGGCUCCCUUAGAGCCGAGAACAGUGAGCUGGCCAUGACGGAGGAGGUAUGGAUGGGUACCUGGAGGCCCCAUCGCCCCCGGGGACCCAUCAUGGCCCUCUACAGCAGCCCUGGACCCAAGUACCUGAUUCCACCAACAACAGGCUUCAUGAAGCACACGCCCACCAAGCUGCGUGCACCAGCCUACAGCUUCCGUGGGGCCCCCACGCUCCUGGCAGAGAACUGCUCCCCAGGGCCCCGUUACAAUGUAAACCCCAAGAUACUGAGGACUGGCAAGCACCUUGGCCCUGCCUACUCCAUCCUGGGGCGCUACCACACCAAGACCAUGCUGACCCCUGGCCCAGGUGACUACUUUCCAGAGAAAUCCACCAAGUACGUGUUCGACUCAGCGCCCAGCCACUCCAUCUCUGCCCGGACAAAGGCAUUCCGAGUGGACAGCACCCCAGGCCCCGCUGCGUACAUGCUGCCCAUGGUAAUGGGGCCCAAUACCGUCGGCAAGGUCUCCCAGCCUUCCUUUUCCAUCAAGGGCCGCAGCAAGCUGGGCGGCUUCAGCGACGACCUACACAAGACCCCAGGUCCUGCAGCCUACCGCCAGACUGACAUGCAGGUGACCAAGUUCAAGGCUCCGCAGUACACCAUGGCUGCCCGUGUGGAGCCCCCAGGGGACAAGACCCUCAAGCCAGGACCAGGCGCCCACAGCCCUGAGAAGGUGACCCUGACCAAGCCCUGCGCCCCAGUUGUCACCUUCGGCAUCAAACACUCUGAUUACAUGACUCCCCUGCUGGUUGAUGUGGAAUAACGCCAGCCCUGCUGUGCCCCAUCACACCCAGCGUCUGCACAAGAUCCGCUGGGCCACAGAGCUCGAGGCUGUCUUCACCAGCUGGGCUGGGCCAGCCUGGCCCUGCAGGGCAGAGCACGCUUGUUUGGGCAAUUGUAACCAGUUACUUUUUUUCUAUGCUAUUUUACCAAUUGUUAAUCUUGUUUUCUGCUGUGCCCAAAUUACUAAUAAAUCAGAUUGCAUUAAUAAGGG